GACAAGAAGUGAAGAAUGCCGCCUGGCGAAUAUCUGGUCUCUCCCCGAUCAGAAGAGGCUGAGCCGGCAGAGUGAAAAGCCCCCGCAAAAGAGGCAGAAGUAAAGGAGCGAAGUUGCAGAUUUUGAUCUCAGGGGUUUAGAAUGCGAGCUUGUCAUUUGGAACGUCCAAGCUGAUGUUUGUUACAGUUUAGAACGUGGAUCGCUGGAUUUGGAACAUCCGAGCUGGUGUUUGAUACAGUUUAGAACGUGGAACGCGAGAAUUGCAAUCUCUGAUUGAGGUGCGCGCCCACACCGCAGGCGGGUUCUGCAAACAAGCCCUUGAGCCGCAUUCAUUCCCAAUAGAUUGUCAUGCUCAACAAUUGAAACCAUGGCCGACGUGAAAGUGAAGCAAGAAGCUGUAGAUCCUGUGGGGCUGGAAAGCAGGAUUUUAGAACUCUGCCAGCAGUUCCCACAAGGAAUUACAGACCAGGUUAUUCAGAAUGACAUGCCACACGUGGAGCCGCAGAAGAGGGCGAUGGCCAUCAACAGGCUUCUCUCAAUAGGCCAGUUGGAUCUGCUGAGGGGUACUUCUGGUCUCCUUUAUCGAAUAAAAGAUACCCAAACUGCAAGCAAAAUGAAGGGAUCUGACAAUCAGGAAAAACUGGUUUAUCAAAUCAUAGAAGAUGCUGGAAAUAAAGGUAUAUGGAGCAGAGAUAUUCGAUACAAGAGCAACCUCCCACUAACAGAGAUCAACAAAAUCCUCAAGAACAUGGAGAGCAAAAAACUAAUUAAAGCUGUCAAGUCUGUGGCUGCUUCAAAGAAAAAGGUAUAUAUGUUAUAUAACCUGCAGCCGGAUCGAUCUGUGACUGGUGGAGCUUGGUAUAGUGACCAAGAUUUUGAGUCUGAGUUUGUAGAAGUGCUGAAUCAGCAGUGUUUCAAAUUCUUACAAAAUAAGGCAGAAGUGGCACGUGAGAGUAAACAAAGUCCUAUGGUUCAAAGGAACAGUUCGUUUGCUUCAUCUCAUGAAGUCUGGAAAUACAUCUGUGAAUUGGGUAUCAGCAAGGUGGAACUCUCUAUGGAAGACAUAGAAACUAUUCUGAACACAUUGAUAUAUGAUGGGAAGGUGGAGAUGACUAUCAUAGCUGCAAAGGAAGGUACUGUCGGGAGCGUGGAUGGGCAAAUGAAGCUGUAUCGAGCAGUUAAUCCCAUCAUCCAGCCCACUGGCCUGAUGAGGACACCUUGUGGAAUGUGCCCAGUAUUUGACGAUUGCCAUGAAGGUGGGGAAAUCUCUCCAGCGACUUGCUUCUACAUGACAGAGUGGCUAGAAUUUUAACAAAGUUAACAAAGAAGGACUUUAGGAUUUGAGUGGUUCACCAUUUAAAACUACAGGCAGUGUGCCUGGGAGGAUUUCAUCACACUACAGCACAGAAACAGGUCAUUCGGCCCAAGUGGUCUAUGCUGGUGUUUGUGAUCCACAUGGGACUCAUUCCAACCCUCUUCAGUGAACCCCUCGAUUACUUUCUCCCUCUUGCUGACCUAGCUUCUUCUCAAACAGAUAUUUAACAGAACUGAAAAACAUGAAGAUACCCAAGAAUUGAAAUGGAAGGGUUUUGAAUGUAGGACCAUGAAAACAAAAGCUGAUUUUUUUUUUUUUCUAAAUAACAUUUAAUUUAUUUUGUAUUUGAACAUUUCUUGAUUCAGAUUUUAUAUGUAGAAAAUCAUUGUGAAAACCUAAUAAAACGUUUACUGUUCAAAAA